CUGUACGCCAUGCGGGGAGAGGAAGUGACGCAAUCGCGCCUGGCGUGCAAGAAGGAAGGGGGCGGCGGCCAUCUUUGUUGUCGGCCGGGCCUGCGCCGGGUCCGGAUGCCGGCGGAGAAGAUGGCGGUGGACGGGCCCGAGCAGAUGGAGAUGGAUGAAGGGAAGGGCGGCACCGGGCUCCGGCAGUACUACCUGUCCAAGAUCGAGGAGCUGCAGCUCAUCGUGAACGAGAAGAGCCAGAACCUGCGGCGCCUGCAAGCGCAGAGGAACGAGUUGAAUGCUAAAGUGCGCCUGCUGCGGGAGGAGCUGCAGCUCCUGCAGGAGCAGGGCUCCUACGUGGGAGAGGUCGUGAGAGCCAUGGACAAGAAGAAAGUGCUGGUCAAGGUGCACCCAGAGGGGAAGUUCGUGGUGGAUGUGGACAAGAACAUCGACAUUAACGACGUGACCCCCAACUGCCGCGUGGCCCUGCGCAACGACAGCUACACCCUGCACAAGAUCCUGCCCAACAAAGUGGACCCGCUUGUGUCCCUCAUGAUGGUGGAGAAGGUUCCAGAUUCUACUUACGAGAUGAUAGGGGGCCUGGACAAGCAGAUUAAGGAGAUCAAGGAGGUGAUUGAGUUGCCUGUCAAGCACCCUGAACUCUUCGAGGCUCUGGGGAUCGCUCAGCCCAAGGGUGUGCUGCUCUAUGGACCCCCCGGCACAGGCAAGACCUUGCUGGCCAGGGCUGUUGCCCACCACACUGACUGCACCUUCAUCCGUGUCUCGGGCUCGGAGCUGGUGCAGAAAUUCAUUGGGGAAGGUGCCCGCAUGGUGCGGGAGCUGUUCGUGAUGGCCCGGGAGCACGCUCCCUCCAUCAUCUUCAUGGAUGAGAUUGACUCAAUCGGCUCAUCCCGCCUGGAGGGGGGCUCUGGUGGGGACAGCGAGGUGCAGCGCACGAUGCUGGAGCUCCUCAACCAGCUUGAUGGCUUCGAGGCCACCAAAAACAUCAAGGUGAUCAUGGCCACAAACCGCAUCGACAUCCUGGACUCGGCUCUGCUGCGCCCCGGCCGCAUCGACAGGAAGAUCGAGUUCCCCCCUCCCAACGAGGAGGCCCGUCUGGACAUCCUCAAGAUCCACUCCCGGAAGAUGAACCUGACACGAGGCAUCAACCUGCGGAAGAUUGCGGAGCUGAUGCCAGGGGCAUCGGGUGCGGAGGUGAAGGGGGUGUGCACGGAGGCUGGCAUGUAUGCGCUGAGGGAGAGGCGGGUGCACGUCACGCAGGAAGACUUUGAAAUGGCUGUUGCCAAGGUGAUGCAGAAGGACAGCGAGAAGAACAUGUCCAUCAAGAAGCUGUGGAAGUAACAGCGAGGCCAGGGCUGCUCCUCUGGCUGUACCACCUCUAAUAAAGUGCUGCUACGGCCA